GUAUGCUGGCCCCAGGCAGCGGCGCCGAACAGAGCAGACGCGGCCUGGCGUGGAGGCAGUUCUCCUGGCUCACCUGCUGGGUCGCCGUGUGUGCCGCGGAGGCGCUGCCCAUGUGCCCCUUCUCCUGCAAGUGUGACAGCAGCCGCCUGGAGGUGGACUGCAGCGGCCUGGGCCUCACCGACGUGCCCCCGGACCUGCCCGCCGCCACCCGGACCCUCCUGCUCUUGAACAACAGACUGACCACCCUGCCGAGCUGGGCCUUCGCCAACCUGUCCAGCCUGCAGCGGCUGGACCUCUCCAACAACUUCCUGGACCAGCUGCCGCGCUCCGUCUUCCGGGACCUGAGCAACCUGACGGAGCUGCAGUUGCGGAACAAUAGCAUCAGGACCCUGGACAGGGACCUCCUGCAGCACGCGCCCCUGCUCCGCCACCUGGACCUGUCCCUCAACGGCCUGGCCCAGCUGCCCUCGGGCCUCUUCGACGGGCUUCCGGCCCUGCGCUCCCUGUCGCUGCGCUCCAACCGCCUGCAGAAGCUGGACAGACUGACCUUCGAGCCCCUGGGCAGCCUGCAGCUGCUCCAGGUUGGGGACAACCCCUGGGAAUGCGACUGCAGCCUGCGGGAGUUCAAGCACUGGAUGGAGUGGUUCUCCUACAGAGGGGGGCACCUGGACCAGCUCGCCUGCACCUUGCCCAAGGAGCUGAGAGGGAGGGACAUGCGCGUGGUCCCCAUGGAGAUGUUCAACUACUGCACCCAGUUGGAGGACGAGAACAGCUCCGCCGGGCUGAACGUUCCUGGGCCGCCCUGCACCAAAGCCAGCCCGGAGCCCGCUAAGCCCAAGCCGGGGGCUGAGCCUGAGCCAGAACCCAGCACAGCCUGUCCUCAGAAGCAGAGGUACCGGCCCGUGAGCGUGCGGAGGGCGAUCGGCACGGUCAUCAUUGCGGGCGUGGUGUGUGGCAUCGUCUGCAUCAUGAUGGUGGUGGCUGCGGCCUACGGCUGCAUCUAUGCGUCCCUCAUGGCCAAGUACCACCGGGAGCUGAAGAAGCGCCAGCCUCUGAUGGGGGACCCAGAGGGCGGGCACGAGGACCAGAAGCAGGUCUCGUCUGUGGCAUGAGUGCCCCUCCCCACCUGGCCCCGGGAGGCGG